CAGCAGCUAAACAAUCACCAUGGAGGGCUACGAUGCCAUGACGGCCAUGUCUUACCUGCCGGCCACGAGUUUAGGCAUUGGCGGCGUGGACUCUAUGCAACUGCUUGACUUGGUCGACCCGCAGAAUAACAGUUUGGAGACGGAUACCUAUGUUGGGUAAGCUCACGCUUCACUGUAAAUUAUUACUCUGCUAUCGUCGUCGACACAUAUCGAUGCGAUUGCGAUAUGCAUGCGCCAGAAUGCAAGACCAAAUAUUAACUCAACCUGCGUUGAUCUAGGAGCGAAGAUGCCAUGGCAUUCGCCCCGCCGCCAUCGAUGCCGCCGCAUUCUCAUCCUAACCUUUCUCGAUAUGCUCCCAGCGCAUUAGAUGAGCCCUAUUCAGAUGCCGCCAGCGCCUAUGAUUCAACUGUGCGGGAUCACAUGAUGCCCGAGAGCCCAUCAAUUGAUCGCGACAAUAAGCUUCUCAGUUUUAGUACCCCAACUUACAAUUACACGCUCCUGGAUUUCAGCGGAAUGCGGACAUCAGUCUCGAUAACUGCGCAGUUACAUGGCAUGUUCUUCCUUGCCGAAUCGCCCUGGGCUACUACAGGAGAACCGUCCAAGCCAGCGACGGAAUUGACCUGUUAUCGAAGGAACCUUUUCCAAAUCUCUGGACAAAUUACCAUGUCACGGACCAUGCAGUGUAUCAUGACCGAGCAAGGGGAGCGUAUCCCUAUCAUCGGACAAGACCUAGCCAUAUCUGCCACUGAAUCCGUCGAAGGAAAUCCCGUCAAGGUCAUUUCAGUCCCAUGGAAGACCCCCACAUUGAAUGGACAAAUCCCAGAAGAUAAAACAGAAAAGGAGCCUCCGCCUUUACCCAUUGACCUCAAUUCAACAGACGUUGAAGCUGAAUACGCUACAUUUCCCAUUGCAUGGAAACGUCUUCAAUUCCGUAUUGCCACGGCGAACAAUGGCCGAAGAAAGGAACUCCAGCAACAUUUCGUCGUGCAUAUAAAACUCAUGGCGACCCUUGCCACUGGAAACAAAGUAUCCGUUGCCGAAGCUCAUUCCGGCGCCAUCAUCGUACGCGGCAGAAGCCCCCGCAACUUUCAAUCACGCAAGGAUUUUCCGCUCAACGGCGGCGGCUCGACAUCGCGCAAGCAUCAACACGGCCCAUCUGGAGGUAGCUUGUCACGGACAUCGACAGGGGAGUCAGGACAGCAGCAGCAGCAUCCGGCUCCAUCCAGCGCCACUCCCGCCACGACUGGCACUCUGACAUCAGAUACCGGAAUUGGACCAGUGACAGGACCAGGUCCAACAUCAACACCUGCAGCAGCAGUGGCGGUCACAGGGGCCCCUGCGGCGGACAUGUCGAUGACUUCACAACAAAUAGCUUUCCAAUACGACCCGCAUGACCUGCAAAUGUCCCCCGGAUUUGUCGAUUGGGUCAAACUAUCGACACAGAACCAGCCUGGCUCGCUCACCGCCAUCCCCAAUCAAAACUACCAAAAUCCCACCCACAAACCUUCCAACGCCCGCCAGUCUCCCGUCUACGCACAGUCCAGUCCCGAAGCUUCACGCUACUCUACCAGCAUGGCCAGCGCCAUGCGCGUUCCUGCUCCCAUAAACCUCUCCCUCACCGACGACCAUCCUCCUCAACAAUCACUCUCUCAAAAACGCCAAUCCAUGGGCAUCACGAAUAGUGGUGGUUGUGCUUUUACGAGCUCGGCCAUGCCCAACUCCUCAUCAUCUGCCAAUGCAUCAGCGGCGCAACAGUCGGCACAGAGUCUCCGCUCUAACAAAACACCCCGCCUAUCCUCCAUUCCCCGUCCUCCUUCCUUUUCAUCAAAGUUCCUCGGCAGUCCCGACGAAAGCGCCGACUCGCUUUACGAGUACUUCCCCCUCGGUCUCGACGAUUGGAUGCCCCCCGUCGAUGCAGUCUACCGGCCGCAUGUAGUCCAUCAUACGAAUAUGCCAAAGGAUCCAAAAGCCAUGGCCGUCAGGAGUCGAUCGAAACGAUAUUUUUCAGAAGAUCAUCAGGCGUGAUGUCCGAUAUUGGAUUACCUGGGUUCCGAAUUCUGCGUUGGGUCGGGUCCAAAUAAGCGCAUCUUCACACCAUAUCUUUACCUAACAUACUCCCCCUUAUCGGCUUCCUCUACUUUACUCUACCUACCUUACCUAUUGACCU